AUGGCGACACCCUUGCUGAUCCUGCUGCUGACCUUCGCCCUGGGAUCUGCUGCACAGGAAGACCAGGGCGACAAGAGUGGGGACAAGAUUAUUGAUGGAGUCCCGUGUCCAAGAGGCUCCCAGCCCUGGCAGGUGGCCCUGCUCAAGGGCAGUCAACUCCACUGUGGAGGUGUGCUGAUCAGCGAGCAGUGGGUGCUCACCGCUGCCCACUGCAUGAUGAAUGAGUACAGCGUGCACGUGGGCAGUGAUCAGCUGGUGGGCGGCCAGAAGAUCAAGGCCACACAGUCCUUCCGCCACCCGGGCUACUCCACACAGACCCACACCAACGACCUCAUGCUGGUGAAGCUAAACGGCCGGGCCAAGCUGUCGUCCAGUGUGAAGAAAGUCAACCUGCCUUCCCGCUGCGACCCCCCCGGGACCAUGUGCACCAUUUCCGGCUGGGGCACCACCACCAGUCCUGAUGUGACCUUUCCAGUGCAGCUUAUGUGCACAGACGUCAAGCUCAUCUCUCCCCAAGACUGCAAGAAGGUUUAUAAGGACUUGCUGGGAGACUCCAUGCUCUGUGCUGGGAUCCCCAACUCCAGCACCAACGCCUGCAACGGUGACUCAGGGGGACCACUGAUGUGCAAAGGUACCUUGCAAGGCCUGGUGUCCUGGGGAAGUUUCCCUUGUGGCCAACCCAACAACCCAGGUGUCUAUACCCAAGUCUGCAAGUAUGUCGACUGGAUAAAAGGGACCAUGAGAAGAUAUCAUUAA